AUGUGUGCAUUUCAGUUCCACUCCUCACUUGGUUCCCUAGACACAACAUCUUCUGUCUUCUGUCAGCUGUUGCACUUCACUCUGAAACCAUGGCCAAGGACAUGACUCUGCUGUGGGGUGCGGGCUCUCCUCCCUGCUGGAGGAUCCAGAUCAUGCUGGAGGAAAAGCAGCUGAAGGGCUACAACCAAAAACUGCUCUCCUUUGAGAAAAUGGAGCACAAAUCCCAGGAAGUCCUGGACAUGAACCCCAGAGGCCAGCUUCCUGCCUUCAAAUGUGGAAAACAUAUCCUGAAUGAAUCCUUUGCCGCCUGCUUUUUCCUGGAGAACCAGUACAAGUCUCAGGGAAACAAGUUGAUCCCCGACUCCUCCGAGGCACAAGCACUGAUGUACCAGCGCAUGUUUGAGGUUUUCACACUCAUUGAGAAAAUGGUGGCUGUUAUCUACUACAACCUCAGGGUCCCAGAGGGGGAGAGACACGACUCUGCUGUUCAGAGAAACAGGGAGGCUCUGAUAACUGAGCUCAAGCUGUGGGAGGGAUACCUGAAAAAAACGGACUGCUGUCUGGCGGGACAAGAAUUCACACUGGCUGAUGUGCUUGUUUAUCCAGUCAUUGCUUAUAUGUUCCACUAUCAGUUAUGUAGUGAGCGUUACCCUGCACUGGCAAAAUACUACAACUCUCUGAAGGAAAGACCCAGUAUCAAAGCCACUUGGCCUCCAAGCUGGAUUACAUUCAUCGACCCGGACGUGCUGAAAACCAUCUGAGAUCCGAAACCUCAUCAGUGGACACACUAACUGUUUCUGUUGUGAUUCGAUAUGCAAACACUCUUUGCAUUGCACUCCUUUUUGUUUAAAAACUACACUUUUCUUCUGCUAUGAAGAGCAAUUUACUACCAUCAAUUGUUAGUGAUUUUUAAAUGUAAAAGAUUCUUAUUGGGCUCUGAACAAAAGCGCUAAAAAAGAGAAUUUCAAUUUGACUACUUAAUUAUUUCCAGGUCAUCAUUCAGAGAGAAAUCUUUCAGUCCAUUUAUGCAUAAAAUGUGAGCAAAAGAUCUGAACAAGUGAGAGUAAUACCUUUAAAUAAAAUGAGUAAUACUAUGGAAUUAUACUUGUAUGUUUCCACACAGAUAUUUGACCACAGACAUUAAAUACAGCAAGUGGGAUUUGGGUACUCUUUUUACAUUUCACUAAACACAACAGCUUUGACUUCCUUCCCGCAUUUUUACAUUUUUGACAGUAGAGGUCAGUAAAGGAAAACUGCAAAUGCCAACACCACAGUCAGAACAUGAACUGUGGAAUGUUUCAUACCAAGACUACAAAUAAAAGACUAAAUCACACAGCA